AUGUAUAGUGAUAGUGAAGAUAUAUCCGACACACAAGACGGACGUGUAGAUAAGGUUAUUAUGGCGGUCAAUCUUAGAAAUCGUAAGUUAGGAUGCGCAUAUUACAACUUCACCACUUCCAAGUUAUACCUUAUGGAGGAUGUAGCUGAAUCACCACCAUACGAUAUGGUGAAUUUAUUGCGAUUUCAAGUUUUACCUUCUAUAAUUCUUGUUAGUUCUCGUGCAGACGAUACAUUUAUUCAAGCUUUGCAAGCAGAAGAUGACUCUAUUCUUAUUCCGUCUAUUGUGGAGAUACGUCCGGGUUCUGAAUUCAUUUAUGCAUCUGCAAAAACAAAACUAUUUUCCAUUCGUUUAGGUGAUAAAGGACACGUGUCGUCACGUGCUGAAGUUAGCAAACAAGAGAUAUAUUUACAUUUAUCAAGUAUCGUGAACGUGGAGAGCAUUGAAACGGUGUGCUGUGCUGGGGCUUUGAUUAGCUAUAUUUCGAGGGCUAAAAUAACUGGUGUCCUAUCUGAAGAUCAGCAAAUGAGCGUUUCUCUCCAAAUAUUUGAAGAUGAAUCACAUCCAAAUAUGCAUAUGCAAGCAAGAGCAAAAGAGGGAUUAUCACUUUUCGGUAUUCUUAACAAUACGCGUACGGUCCUUGGUAAAUAUCUGCUUAAGCAAUGGUUCCUUAGACCUACCCUUGAUCUUACCGUCCUUGAUGAACGACAUCGUACAAUCGAAUGCCUCCUUCAGCCAGAUAAUUUGGAUAUUUCGGGACAGUUUACCACAUGUCUAAGACAUAUAAAAAAUAUUCCAAAAAUUAUUGAAAAUAUGAACGGAAGAUUGAACGUAAAAGAUUGGCAAUCUUUACUUCAGUAUGCAUUUUACUGCCUUAAAAUUUGUAAUCUUGUGCAAGAAUUGCAUUAUUCCGAGAAUAUUCAAAUAUUUACUAGGAUAGGAGAAACAUUUAUAGUAUCUGAUUUAAAGGAUAUCGGUUCUUAUAUUAAUGACGUGAUCGAUUUUGACGAAAGCGUUAAAGAAGGUCGAAUUGUUGUCAAACCACAUGUUGAUGAGGAACUUGAUCACAUGAAAAGAACAUACGACGGUUUGGACGACUUUUUGUUCGAGGUUGCACGUGAAAUUAGCACAUCGAUUCCCACUGAAUUUGCAUCCACUUUAAACGUAAUUUAUUUUCCCCAAUUGGGAUACCUUGUCACUGUCCCGUUAAAACCAGAAUGGAGGGAUGAAGAGGAUUUUAAAAUUGACGGGUUGUAUUAUCAAUUCAGUACUGCCACUACCGUUUAUUAUAAAAAUGAUAAGAUGAGAGAACUUGAUGAAUAUUUGGGUGAUAUACAUGGACUCAUCGUUGAUCGUGAAAUUGAAAUAAUGCAGAAGCUCCAAGACCGUAUAUUAGAAUAUGUUCCAUUAUUUCUAAACUCUAGUGCUGUUUGUGCUGAACUUGAUUGUAUUUUGUCUUUGGCGGAAUCUGCAAGACGUUAUGGAUAUAAUCGACCUAUUGUAACCGAUGAAAAUAUUUUGACGAUUGAAAAAGGAAGGCAUCCGUUGCAAGAACUUUGCAUUAAUGUUUUUGUUGCUAACGAUACGAAGCUUGUUGGAGGUAGAGGUAUAUUGGGCGAAGGCGAUGAAAUGUGCAAAGGCAGUACUGAUGAAAACGACUCAUACAACAGUGUCAUGCUACUAAGUGGUGCUAAUUAUUCAGGUAAAAGUGUAUACUUGAAGCAAAUCGCGCUGAUUGCUUAUAUGGCACAUAUUGGAAGUUUUGUGCCAGCAGAAUCGGCCACUAUCGGCCUAAUUGAUAAAAUUUUUACUCGUAUUCAGACUAAAGAAACAGUCUCGAAGGUUCAAAGCGCAUUCAUGAUUGAUCUUCAACAAAUAUCGGUUGCACUUCGUAAUUCGACUUCAAGGUCUUUAUUAAUCUUUGAUGAAUUUGGAAAAGGAACUGGUUCUACAGACGGUGCUGGUUUAUUUUGUGGUGUCAUGGAGCAUCUAUUAAAGCGUGGUAGAGAUUGCCCAAAAGUAGUCGCAGCGACACACUUUCAUGAAAUUUUUGAGAAUAAUCUCCUUCCUCAAUCUCUCCCGAUUUCAUUAUUUACUAUGGAAAUCGUGAACGAUGACAAGGACGAGGAAUUGACUUUUUUAUACCGUCUUAUACCUGGUCGAAGUACUUCGUCCUGGGGCACAUUUUGUGCCACACUUGCUGGUAUCCCCCCUCAUAUUGUUAAAAGAGCAACACAUUUAUCCCAUCUUUUUUCCCGAUACGAAUCUAUCCCACCGCCUUUCGUCGACGAUCGUGAACGUCGUUUGUACGCUACCUGCGAGUUAGUUGCAAGGAAAUUCUUGGAAUUGGAUCUGGAGCAAACAAAUACGGACAUAAAUUACUUCCUGGAAUGG